AUGGGUAGUGCGACCACGCCUAUUGAGCCACUCUCAACUCUUUCCCAGGACUUGAUUCACAUUCAGGUCAACACAUAUGACGCUUACCACGAAUCGCCGGGCGAUUUUGAUAGAAUUACAGGGACAAGUUUACCUGAUUGGAACUUUGAUGCAGUGCCAGUGAUACGAAUUUAUGGAUCGUUACCAAGCGGUCACAACGUCCUUUGCCAUGUCCACGGCAUUUUCCCUUACAUUUAUAUCCCAUAUGAUGGUCGGGACCACGAUUCAUUGGGUGUAAUGCGAUCGCGUUGUGCUACCCUUCAUGUCAAACUUGAAGAAAGACUCAAAGAAGCAUAUUCUCGCGGCAAAAACGAUAGCAAGGAUAAACAAAGUGGGGAUGAGAACGUCGAAAGCAGUGCAAAGGGUUUGAAGUUCGUGGCAGACGUCUCUCUCGUCAAAGGUGUUGAUUUCUACGGCUUCCAUUCCGGCUACACUGCGUUUUAUAGAAUUUCACUUCUUGCUCAAUCCACAGUGGGAAAGCUAUCAGACCUUUUGCGGGAUGGCAAGGCCACAGGCCGCAAGUGCAAAGUCUAUGAGGCACAUAUACCGUAUUUGUUACAAUUUUCCACAGACUACAAUAUCUUUGGCUGUUCAUGGCUCCGAUUGCAUCGAUGCUACUUUCGAACUCCCAUUCUAAACCCAGAUUUUGCUCAGGAUACACUGCUCAUGAAUGAAGAUCUCAAGCAAUUUCUGAAUCGGUUUCAUCAAGGUCGCACUGAUGAAUCGGGUUCCAAAAUGUCUAGAGUAGGCAAUAGUCUUUUGGAGAUUGAUGUCGUGCCACAGUUCAUACAGAACCGCGAAGAUAUAACUUACAGAGAUCUUCACAAUUCGCUUUUUGAGAAGUCCCUGGAUGAAAAGGAAGAAACCCUUUUCAUACCCUCUACCAAAGAGCUGUGGACGCAGACUUCUCAAUUGCGUAAAGAAUUCGGUUUGGACGUUUUUGAGCCAGCACCGGAAGGCACAAGACCAGAACAUUUCCCGCAAUGGCAGAGUCAUGAAGAAAACACGCUGUUUCUCCAAAGGGCUAGAGAAUUCAUGUCCUUUCGCAGCAAAACGAACAAUAACCAGGCCAAAACAGGCUCCAUAGACCAGUUGGAAUUGCCUCAAACAUCUCUCACUGCUCUUUGGCCAUCGCUGGAUACCACACUGUCUCAAAAAAAUAACGGGUCUUUGAUAGAAUCGAACGGCUCAAAUGCAGAUCUCGUUGUUUCCCGAGAUCCGUCUGUGCUUAGCAGCAGCGAGGAGUCCUUGGUGGAAUCUGAAACUGAACCCAAUGAUCAAGAGCAAAUCAUCCCGAAGGAACCACUUGAUGAUAUAGAUGGUAGUUCAGUUUCACCAAAUAGUAUUGGCGACGCAAAGAUUGUACCGCUAUCUUUCGAUGACCGUAUCCUGACUCAAGCUAUGAUGCAAAAGCGCAAAAUGUCCAGGCCUGUCCAUAGUAUCGAGAGACCUUUGAAAGUGCGUAAAAAGUUAGAUCAUCAACGAUCAUUACCUGAGACGCCAGGAUCUUUCAAAUUCAAAGAAUUUUCUCUCGACCACGCCAGCAUCCUUGAUAGUCUAGAGAGUUUGGGUUAUCCCAAAACUGAAUUCAGCGAUCCGUACUUUGAAGAUCCUGAGGACCUCAAGAAAAAGGACCAUGUGUAUUCAGGACGUAAAUUCAUGAUACAGUCAACGCACUUGACCUGCCGAAAGCCCAUUGACUUCCGUGGGGAAACAGUACGCUUAGAAUCCGAUUAUCCAGCUGAAGCGGAUGACAAUAUUUCUUGGAAGUAUGCAAUCGAGCCGCCUUGCUAUUCUGCAGUUCAAGAGUUUACGCAAUCUCGAAAGCGCAAGUUUCGUUCUCAAAUUGAUUUCAAGACUCUUAGCAACGAGUUCGGUUACAAAUUCAAGAGUAACAAGUCUUUGAAAGGGCUGAGUACGGGAGAUCAUAACGCCUUGUCUCACCUUACACUUGAAGUCUUUUCCAAGAGUAGAGACACGCUUUUACCUGACCCCGCAAAUGACGCCGUCGAGCUGAUGUUUUGGCAGAUAGACCCAUCGUCUUUGCCAAUUGACUUUGGAAUAUCCAGCGACGGUGUUAUGGCAUUCUGCAGUGAUGAUGAUAGUGCAUUCGCAGCUCGACUAGAAAGCGCUGCGAGACCCACGCCCGUGGCUAUCUACAAAUCAGAAGAGGAGAUGAUAAGAGGAUUAGUGGAUUUGGUGCUUUUAAUUGACCCUGACAUUCUCUCUGGAUUUGAAGUUCACUCUAGUUCGUGGGGGUACAUCAUAGACAGAUGUGAUCAAGCAUACGAUCGCGAUUUCUGCGAGGAAGUCUCGAGGGUCAAGUAUAAGCAUUUCAACAAAAGAAAAGACGUUUGGGGGUUUUCUCACGAUUCAGGAAUUCAUAUAGCCGGGAGGCAUGUUCUGAACUUAUGGCGUUUAUUAAGAUCUGGUCUAAAUUUGCUGAAGUAUACUUUGGAGAACAUUGCGUUUCAUGUUCUGCAUGAAAGAUUAGCACACUUUCCCCCAUUAGAGUUGACCAAACUUUGGAAUGCGAACUUUGACAUGACUGGACUCACAACGUUGCUGUCAUACUGGAAAAAGAGAACAGAAGUCAACAUCAGACUACUUGAUAGCCAGCAAAUUAUCAAUCAAACCGUCGAGCAAGCGCGACUAAUCGGUGUGGACUUCUACUCCGUCAUUUCAAGAGGCUCUCAAUAUAAAGUUGAAUCUGUUUUGGUCCGUCUCUGUAAGUCGGAGCAUUUCCUCGUCUUAUCACCGAGUAAGGUGCAGGUCAGGAAGCAAAAGGCUUUGGAAUGCAUUCCUUUGGUAAUGGAACCAGAGUCAGCGUUUUAUAAGAGUCCGCUGGUUGUUUUGGAUUUCCAGUCAUUGUAUCCAUCGAUAAUGAUAGGUUACAACUAUUGCUACUCUACUAUUCUGGGCAGAGUUCAAGAGUUGAAACUGAAAGGAAGUGAAGUUGGUGCAACAAAAAUCAACAUUCGUCGAGGGUUUUUGGAUGAAUUGAAGGAGUGUUUGACUGUUUCCCCAAAUGGCGUUCUUUUCGUGAAACAAAACGUAAGAAAAUCCAUGCUUGCUAAAAUGCUGGCUGACAUCUUACACACCCGUUUUCUUGUUAAAAAGACAAUGAGCGAUUUGAAAUCUAGAAACGAGACAGUUUCUAAGCUUCUCAAUAAUAAACAGGUAGCCCUUAAACUUCUAGCCAAUGUCACUUACGGCUACACCUCUGCUUCCUUCUCGGGAAGAAUGCCGUGCUCAGAUGUAGCGGACAGUAUCGUGCAAACAGGUCGGGAAACACUGCAAAAAGCCAUCACCUUGAUAGAAGAGAAGGAUGAAUGGGGUGCCAAGGUAGUUUACGGAGACACAGAUAGUUUGUUUGUUUACCUGCCGGGAAAGACUAAAGAGGAAGCCUUUAAGUUUGGAAAACAAAUGGCUACAGAAGUGACAGCCUGCAAUCCAUUUCCUAUCACUCUUAAAUUUGAGAAGGUGUAUCAUCCAUGUAUCCUAGUCAGCAAAAAGCGAUAUGUGGGAUACUCCUUUGAGAAAGAAACCCAGAAAGAACCAAAAUUUGAUGCCAAAGGUAUCGAAACUGUAAGAAGAGAUGGACAUCAAGCACAACAGAAAAUAGUUGAGAAAUCUCUGCGAAUUCUCUUCGAGACCCAAAAUCUGUCAGCCGUUAAGGCUUAUGUCCAGGAUCAGUUCCAAAAAAUAACCAAGGGCCAGGUGUCAGUACAGGACUUUUGCUUUGCGCGCGAAGUGAAGCUUGGGUCUUAUAAAAGUGAUAAAACGGCACCUGCCGGUGCUGUUGUAGCGCAAAAGAAGACCAAUUUGGAUCGCCGAGCGGAACCUCAGUAUCGAGAGCGUGUCCCUUAUGUGGUAAUAAAAGGCAGGCCCGGCCAAAUCCUUCGGGAACGGUGCAUUCCACCAGAGGUCUUUCUUUCAAAUGAGAACUUCGAGCUGGACUCGACUUAUUACAUCACCAAGACACUGAUUCCGCCUUUACAACGAUUUUUCAAUCUCAUGGGUGUUGACGUCACAAGAUGGUAUGCAGAAAUGCCCCACUUUCGAGACAUGAGCUACAAGCAGUUCAAAGAAGGUAAACUGCCUGAUUUCAUGCGCUCUACGUUGUGUUUCAAUUGUAAAGGAGAAAUCAAAGAUAAAAACGUUCACAGCCUUCUAUGUGCCGAGUGUCUGCUCCAGAAGCCACUCACUGUGACCAGUCUGUUGCAAGAGGAUAUGGCUGUGAAAAACCAGUUGGGUGCCAUUCUGACCGUUUGCAGGAGCUGUUGUGAACCAUUGACCAAAAACUUACAAGAUGACAUGUCCAAGAUAGUCAUAAAGUGCGACUCUCAAGAUUGCCCCGUGUAUUAUUCCCGAAUCAAAUACAAAGGAUACGCCAAUACUGAUAGAGCUCGACAACGCUUGAGGCUUCUAUCAGAGCUGGACAAUUGGUGA